AUGCCCAUCCCAUUGAUCACCACGGGCAUCUUGGAGGGCCUAUCGGCUAUCCCGUAUUCCUAUACGGUUCUCAAGGUCACACCAUGGAUCCUCCUCAUCGGGGCCCUGAAGUAUUACUUCGGUGGUGCCCGGAAUGCCUCCGAAAGGCUGAUGCACAGCAAAGUAGUCAUGGUGACGGGAGGCACAUCCGGCAUAGGAGCUAAUGUCGUCUACGAACUCGCAACGCGUGGCGCCCAAAUCAUCCUCCUCACGCAGCAUGCUCCGUCGGACAUUUUCCUCAUUGACUAUAUCGAAGAUCUGAGAAAGUCAACAGGCAACCAGCUCAUCUAUUCGGAGCAAGUUGACCUCUCCUCUCUUCACUCCAUUCGAACCUUUGCGACCAAAUGGAUCGACAAUGUUCCUCCCCGUCGACUGGACAUGCUCAUCCUUUGUGCAAACACGGCGAAUCCGACUCCGUCGAAGGAAAGAGUUACUAUAGAUGGAAUAAAUGAGGAGUGGCAGGUCAACUACCUGGCAAACUUCCACCUCCUUAGCAUCCUAAGCCCAGCACUCCGAGUUCAGCCCCCCCACCGUGACGCCCGCGUGAUAAUGGCAACGUGUUCAAGCUAUAUCGGCGCCCCGAAACUCGACUUUGCGCAGCUGCACGCGGAUACCAUUCCCAUCCACAAGCAGAUGGAGGCUACCAAACCGCUACGCACUCCGGCAUCGAGGAAAGCGACCCCCAACCAACAGCGCCAGUCGCAAACUCAGUAUAAAGGCAUAUAUGGCCUAAGCAAGCUCUCCCUCAUGAUUUUCGCAACCUCAUUUCAAAAGCACCUCAACGCCUUUAAACGCCCUGACGGUCAACCUCCCUCCACCCGUGUGAUCCUCGUCGACCCAGGCCUCACUCGCACCCCUGGAACCCGCCGUUGGCUUACCGGAGGCUCGCUCUGGGGUCUACUGGUCUAUCUUAUUACCUGGCCCAUCUGGUGGCUUGUCCUCAAGUCCCCGCAGCAGGGGGCACAGAGUAUUCUGUACGCAGCGAUGGAGGCUAAAUUCGGCCGGGGCACGGGCGGCUGGAUGGUGAAGGAAUGCCGGGAGGUCGACUUCGCUAGGAAGGAGGUUACGGAUGAGGCUGUGGGGAAGCAGUUGUGGGAGGCCAGUGAGAAGCAGAUCGAGGAGAGGGAGAGGGAAGGGGCUGUCCUGCGGGCGUUGGAGAAGAAAGAGAAUGAGCAAAAGGAGAAUGCGAAAGCUCGGACUCAAGGGUCAGUUCGAGUCAAGAAGUCUACCUCGUCUGCGUCAUCUGCGUCGGCUGCCUCUGCAUCAAGCGGUGCUAAAGAGCAGAAGGCUGGGUCCAGAAGGAGUCGGAAGGGCAAUGGCAGCAAAUAA